AUGUCAACGGGCACUACGGAACCCAGUGUCGAGCCGACGUCGCACCGUCUGAAGCUGAAGACGCGGCCUACGGCUUCGGCGGUCCUCUGGGGCCAUCUUCUGUCCAGCAAAGAUGCAUCACAGACAGCAUCCAGCACCCGCUAUUCUGAUGUAUCUUCCUGCUCCCCACUCUCCGGUAUCACUCCUGUGGACAAAACCGGGUCAUCCUUGCGUAUCCUCCUUCACGACACCCAGGCGAAUCUGGAGAAAUUCUCGGAUCGGGUGACCAAGCUGACUGGAGAUAUCAACGAGAGCAAACGCGAAAUUGGUGUGGUAAAAGAGCUCUUGCAAACCGAUCACGAGAAGGUUAUAGAACAGAUGGUUGAGUUAGAGAUCCAGCGCGCCAUCGGCGUCCCUGCCCAAGCAGCGAAAAUACACGAUGUGCGGGCGGAUCUCACCAGGGCCGAUACCAGACUCACAGCGCUGGAGAGUAAGAUGUAUAUGUUGCAAGUGAUCAACCAAACCCAGUUGCAGGCCCUCCAGACGGUUCAAGACCAACAAGGGAAGAUAAUAGCUGCUAUCUCGCCUGUGUUGCCUUUACUGCAAGCCAUCCCCCUCCAUAUCGAUAACUCUAGGAGAGAGCUCUUGGACGGCUUCCGCGACCUGCGCUCAAUGUAUGCAACCGCCAAUGCCCAAAGCGUCAUCCUUAACCCUCCACCAGCAUCAGCGGUUCCUCAGUACCCACGUGGUCCCUUAUUCGCGGGCUCAUCUCCGGCGAACCAGAGUGAUUCUGGAAGACACAAGAAGCGCAAGCUGGCCGAUGAGCGGACACCCGACGGUCCUGCACUCCGCAUUGACGCCAUUAACAGGCUUCCAGAUCCUUCGUGCACUACUGCUACUGCUGAAUAUCCACCACAGGAUCCGCGUCCUACUGCGAAUGGUCAAACACCUCGUCGCCUUGUCUCAGGCCAACCUCCUGCCUCUCCUGACGUACCUUUACGUCUCGACCAUCUGAAGCGGAAUCCCUUUCGCACGCCCCACCGACCGCCUCCGGUGAACCUGCUUCCGCCGAAUGCUGUCCCUCGUACAUCUGAUUCGGCUCUGUCAUCUGCUGCUCGCCGUGACGUCUCUAGCCAUACCAUUCUUAAUGGCGCUGUCCUGGGAUCUGCCGCAAACAACGCUCGGUCACCUGUCGACAUGCUGCAGUUUGGCGUCGGUGCUUCACGUAAUGCGUCGAAACCUCCACCUCCGGUCCAGGGGACGCCGAAGAACGCCAACUCGUUGGCGUCGACCACCAGCACGCUCUCUCAGACUUCUGUCGCGCAACCGGAUCGUGCAGGAACACCGUCAAUAAGAGGUGGUGUCGCGAACUCGACCGAUGUACGCGGAUCUAGGAUGCAGACAAGCCCCGCGACACUACGAACGGGGGUUCAAGGCAGCUCUUCUACCAUCAAGCUUCCUGACGCUCGUCUGGCCACGUAUCCCGAUGCUGUACCUGUUACUCCUGCUCGAUCUGGCCUUCAGCCUCGGCUGGAUGUUUCUAUUCUACGCACCUCUGCGAAUUCUCUCGGUACGAACGUAGGCAAGCCGAUGAGCAUCAAGGAUGUGAGAGCGCUAAAUGCUACACCGGCAUUCCGCAACGAAGAAAAGCGGUUCAUACCGCUGGACGACGAUGAUGAUGACGACCUGCUGGAGUAG